CGGCUCGGCUCGGCUCGACUUCGCCUUCGGCACCGGCUCGGUUCCGGUUCGGCUUCGGCUCCGCCUCCUGCUGGUCGGGUGUUGGGCGUCAAGAUGGAUGAGCUCAGUCAGGCCCUGGCCAGCAGCUUCUCGGUGUCCCGGGAGCUGAACAGCACGGCGGCCCCGCACCCUCGUCUGGCCCAGUACAAAUCCAAGUACAGUUCUCUGGAGCAGGGAGAGAGGCGACGUCGGUUGCUUGAACUCCAGAAAUCCAAGCGUCUGGAUUACGUGAACCAUGCCAGGAGGCUGGCCGAGGACGACUGGUCAGGAAUGGACAGCGAGGAGGAGGAGAAGGAGGAGGAGGAGGGAGACAAAAGGGGAGAUGAGGAAAUGGACAUUGACGUCGGCAAGAAGUUACCAAAGCGCUAUGCCAACCAGCUGAUGCUUUCCGAGUGGCUGAUCGACGUACCCUCGGACCUGGCCCAGGAAUGGAUUGUGGUGGUGUGCCCUGUUGGGAAACGAGCCCUUAUUGUGGCUUCUCGGGGCUCUACUGCAGCGUAUACCAAGAGUGGCUUCUGUGUCAACAGAUUCCCUUCCCUGCUCCCAGGAGGCAACAGGCAUAACUCAGUGACGGGAAAAGACUACACCAUCCUGGAUUGCAUCUACAGUGAAGUGAACCAAACCUACUACGUUCUGGAUGUGAUGUGCUGGAGGGGACACCCCAUCUAUGACUGUCAGACAGAUUUCCGAUUCUAUUGGGUGCAUUCAAAGUUGUCCGAAGAGGAGGGCCUGGGAGAAAAAACCAGGCUUAAUCCAUUUAAAUUUGUGGGUCUGAAGACUUUUCCAAGUACUCCUGAGAGCCUCUGCAAGUUGCUGUCCACGGAUUUCCCUUUUGAGGUGGACGGGCUUCUCUUCUACCACAAGCAAGCCCACUACAGCCCCGGCAGCACGCCGCUGGUGGGCUGGCUCCGGCCCUACAUGGUGUCCGAUGUGCUCGGCGUGGCCGUGCCGGCCAGCCCCCUGACCGCCAAACCCGAGUACGCCCGACAGCAACUCCAGCAGAUCAUCGAGCACAAGAGAGGCAAGAAGGAGGCAAGCGGCAAGACGGCUUCCGCCGCCGAGAAUGGACGCUACGAGCUGGAGUACCUGUCCACCCCCAGGCCGGCGGAUUCUCCGCUCAGGAAGGACGAGGCCGGGGUACAGAUGGAGAGCUGUUGAAGGCUGGGACAGGAGGAGACAUCCCUCCUCCCCCGUCCCAAAUCACCCCCUACCAGGCCUCCUGCCCCAGCCUCGGUACUUCUGGGGGCUUGCUGCGGUCAUUCGCCAGGAGGAGAGAGAUAAUAAUCACUAUUGUGGCUGCUCUGUCUCCUAAGCCGUUCCUCCCCGGAGGCUUCCCGGCAGCUCCACUCCAGGGGAGGAUCUAAGCAGGGUGCUCUGGGUCCCCGUUGGAGAAACCCAGGUGCGUCCCGGGUUGAGAUCCGCUGUGUAGCGCCCUUGGAAUGUUCCCAGUUUGGACGGCGUUUGGGUUGGAUCGAGCAACUGUUACUGGUAAGGGGGGAUCUCGGCCCGAGUGGGGAAACGUGUGCAAUUCUUAAGAAAGCGGUUGUAUGUAAUUCUCUCUAGAUGGCUGGUACCUCCCCGCCCCACCAAUCCCCGAAAUCGAUUUUCAGAACCCCAGGCCCGAAGGGCUCUCAGGGUGGCUUUAGACAGACCAAGCUGAGCAACAGAAAAUGGAUUUCCGGCCAGGUCGGGGAGCUUCUGUUUCCAGGAUCUGAAUUGAUUUCCCUCUUUUGAGAAGGCGAGCAGGAUCUUCUCCAGGGACGACGUCGUUGAAGGAAAAAUGCCUGGUGAGCUGACUCACACGUGAGCUACUCUGACCAAAUGGCUUCUUCGUGCCGGCGAGUGCUGGGGACCAUCUGCCUUGCCCGCUUCUGAAGCCUCCCCAGAGGGCUGACCCCUUGCUUUCUACUGCAAGGCCAACAGAACUCAGUUAUGACCCUCUCUGGCCCAGCAGAUUGUAUUCUCUUGUAUCUGUUCAGAAUAGCACCUGAAUCACUGAAAGGGGAAUCGGGUCAGAUUUUUACAAUUUAAGGUUUUUAAAAUGAGAAACUUCUCCUGAGCCAAUCAGUAGUUCUGGGAAUGUAAGAGGGUGUGAGAGUGGGAGAAGGCGGAAUAUGGUCACCCGGAUUCCUUAUGUCCAGGGUAAGCAGGAUGGGUUUCCGGCACUCAGAGACAGUAUCCUGAAAAUGAAUCUGUAAGACCUGAGAAGGAAAUUGCUUUUCAGCUGUGCUGCUGACUGCAUCACAAAGACUCCUGACAGAUGAACAGUCACUCUUGUGUUAAUACUUUUCAAACUUUGAAAGGAUUGUCUGCAUUGUGUCCCCCCUGGGUACCGAAACCCCUUUACUUGUAAGAUGAGAGAAAGAAAGGAUGGAUGAGUGGGGAGAGAGAAAAAGAGAGAGUGUGUUUGUGUCUGUCGGUCUGUCAGUUGUCAUUUACCAUACUCUGGGCCACGACAUUCAUCUCCAAAUUUCUCCUGUAACCAAGAGCCUGAAAAUAAAAGGAUAACAGAUUAACUUGGGAAUGCCAAACAGCUCUCAUGAGUUAAGAGUGUUAAUGACCCUGCUGAGCAUAAAUACAGCUGUAGCUUUUA